UCUACAAUGAGUUAUCUAGAGCUACAGCAUAGGGUACUGGAAAAAAAAAUCUCAUCGACUCUCUCCUGAGUCCUGACUCCUGACAUCUCCGAUCGUCACCGUCCCCGUCCCCGGCGCCGUCCCUCUCGCUCUUGUCCUCGGUGCCGCACCUCCUACAUCUCUGUCUCACCGCUUUAGCACGGCCACCACGCCCGCCUGCGCUAGAUCCCAUCUGAAGCCGGCGGCCAUCAUACCCGUGAGCGCUAGCUGGGCUGCAUCUCUCACCUCCACAGCCAGCAAGCGAGCGUGGUUAGCGCCGCAGUGGUUUCACCGACCUUAGAUCGGGCCGUAAGCUCGAGGACUGACCUUAAUUUCUUGAGCUUAAGGUCUCAGUGGGUUUAAUCCCGUAGUGUAUGAGGUUGACCUUUAAAGGCCUUACGGCCCCCUUGUUUCGCACGCUACAGAUAUCGAGCUGUUGACAUCUGCGGGUGCAUCUGCGGACAGCCUUGACGAGGCUGCCGACGAUGUCGUCUCUCAACUCGCUCUUCAACCGCUCCACCUUCGGCACAAAAUGCAAAACAUGUUUAAAUCUUGUCAUUUCAAGAAUCAAGCUGCUGCGCAACAGGAGGGAGUUACAACUAAUAAAUAUGCGCAAAGAAAUGGUUCAAUAUCUUCAGACUGGCCAGGAAUCAAUCGCGAGGAUUCGAGUGGAGCACAUUAUUCGGGAGCAAAAUAUAUUGGCUGCCUAUGAGAUCGUUGAGCUUUUCUGUGAAUUUGUUCUGGCAAGAGUCCCUAUUGUUGAGGUCCAAAAGGAAUGCCCCUUAGAACUGCGUGAAGCCAUUGCUAGUAUAAUCUUUGCAUCAGGAAGGUGUUCAGACUUGCCUGAGCUAAUGCAUCUCCGUAAUUUGUUUACCACCAAGUAUGGAAAGGAGUUUGUUGCUGGUGCUAUGGAAUUGCGCCCCGACAGCAGUGUCAACCGCACAAUAAUUGAAAAGCUCUCGGUGAAGGCUCCAUCAGGUGAUUCAAAGCUAAAAGUCUUGAAAGCUAUUGCCCAAGAGUACAAUAUUGAAUGGGAUUCAUCUAAUACUGAAGCAGAAUUCAACAAGAAAUAUGAAGAUCUACUGGACGGCUCGGGAUCUUCGGUCCACCAGAUCCAGACACCUAUCAUUGAGGGCUCAGUGAGCUCACCAGUUGUUUCUGCUCCAAGAGAUAAGACGCCAGCAUUGAAUUCACCUGUCAUUGAUGCCGAAAAACACCAAGUUCGCGAAUCUCCGACUUCACCAGCUGGAGGUGCAAGAGCUGGUGUUGUCACUAAGGGCAAUGUGGUAACCAUGGGCCAUCACUCCCCCGCUGAGGAGAUGCCCUCCACCAGCCCAAGUUCAUCAGACGCGCUGGAGAAAGCCCGAGCUGCUAUUGCAGCUGCCACCCGCGCAUCUGCUGCUGCUCGCGCCGCAGCUGAACUUGCAAAAGUUAAAAUUACAAAUCAAUGACACCUCCAGUUCGGGCAAGGCGUGUCAGGAAGUUUAAUCUGGCAACUGAUCACCAGGACAGACUGAAAUGUAUUUCAUUGAAUAAAUUGUUACUGUAUAUUCCCUUUGUGAGCACUUGGCACAUCAUAUAAGGAGCGUGGCUCCUCGCCUUUCUUCGAAUGUACUCAAAGAGAACUAUCUGGAAUGCAUAAUGUUGCAUUUACUGUUCACUAGUUAGUUAUUGUAUCAUUACGGUUUUUUUACAAUACAAACCAAUCUAAAUUGCAGUGGUU